AUGUCACUGAGUAAGCAAUAUCAAUCUGAUCAUAACAACCAGUUAAUGUUAACUCUUAUAACUCCUGAAAAGAAAACAUAUAAGAACAAUGCUGUUGUUCAAAUACGUAUUCCUGAAUUUUCAUCUUCUCCCAGCAGACGUUUACGUAGUGAAACCGAUAUUGAGAGUGAGAACAUUGAAUCAACUAGUUUCCAUACAACGGUACAAGAUCAAACAAACAUAGGAGAACAACGUCAAACUCGACUUUCUCUUCUAAAUGAACGUGCGCGUUCCAGACGACGUAAUGAGACAACUCAACAAACUCAAGAUAGACUUGCGAAGGUCAGAGAACGAACUCAGUCUAGGCGAGCAAAUGAAACAGAGAAACAAACUCAAACUCGACUAGAAAAGAAUAAAGAACUUGCUCAGUCUAUCCGACUGGGUGAAACAGAUGAACAAUAUCAGAGUCGAAUUGAUCGUCAAAGGAAACGAAGUCAGAGCAAUCGAAACAGCAAAAAAGUGGUAAACUAUGCAUCCAGUAACGAAACUGUUCAACAACAGAAUAUCAAUGUAGAAUCAAAUGAGAAGGAAAAUUCCACGCUUCGUUCAACUGACGAUAUGGAUAAUAUUGUACGAAAUGAAAAUAUGACAAAGAAAAAGAAAAGUCAAAUUCAUUCGACUUGGCCAGCGCCAAUUCCUACUGACGUGAAAGAAGCAUGCUUGCAACAAUUUCUUUCCCAGAUGUCUAUGUCCGUAUUGGCUGAAGUGACUUGUGCGGCCUGCAAUAUUCGUAGUCCAGAACAGGAGUCAAUAAAAAUGCCAAUAUCAGAAAUUCCUAAUAUACAUCUACUCAAAAUUUCUGACGAACUUAGAAAUUUAAUCAUCAAUAUUCAAUCAUCUACUUCGAAAAACUCUAACGGUAGUGUAAUACGGAUAAUAAAAAACACUCAAGAUUAUAUAUGCAACCCUGAUUUUAUUUUAGAUUCUUCGACUUUAAAGUCGUCUUAUUUCUAUUACGAAAAUGGUACUGUUCUCUAUGUCAAUGGCAUAUAUCAAGAAAAUAAUACGAAUAUGUGUAUACUUUGUCAAAAAUGCAGUAAUGGUUUAUCGAAAGAACAGAUUCCUAAAUUUUCAGUAGCAAACAACAUGUGGUUAGGUGAUAUUCCUGUUGAGCUACAAGGACUGACUAUCCCAGAAGAAAAACUGAUAUCAUUACACCGUCACAAUAGUUGUAUAAUAAAACUACAGUCACCUUUUCAUUCAAUGGCGACUGCUCAAGGUGCAUUAAAAGGCAAUUGUAUUACUUUUCUUCAAAAUACACCAAAUAUUGUUAAUAGUCUACCACUUAAAAUGACCGAUCUUUGUGACACCCUUAAAGUGAUUUUUAUUGGAGCUCGUCCUCCAGAGCGUCUUCAACUUAAAAGAAUUCUUACAGUGCGAAAGAAAAAGAUUGUUGAAGCAUUGCGUUGGUUGAAAAAAUAUAAUAUACUUUAUAAGAAUGUCGAUAUAAAUCUAGAUAAUAUCGCAGAACUACCUGAAAAUGAUAUACCAGUACCCAUAAUGACAACAAUGGAACAGAUAUUAAAUGAUAAAGAAGUACCAUCUGAAAGAGCUGGAUAUAUUCCUGAUCCAUUAUCUAACUCAACAGAAUUGAAUAUCUCAAAUGUCAUUCCUAUUAAUAACAGUGCUGUUCUCGACGUGAAUGGUUCGUCGAUAUCUUCCGAGGAAAUAAAUAAUUAUCUUCUAAAGAAAAUCAAAAACGGUGGAACAAAUGAUGAAAUGAAUGUUGAAAAUAUUUACCUGAUUCCUCAUUCUUCCAAACCUGUCAAUGAAUAUUUUAAUCCAAAACUGUUAGCAGGUCUCUAUCCAACGUUAUUCUGUUAUGGACUUGGAGCACCUGAAGAUCAAUCACGGCCACUCACCAUAAAUUUACGAGAACAUAUACGUUACCUUUUAUCCUACAAUGAUCGACGUUUCGAAAAAAAUCAUAGCUUUAUAUUUGUAGUCUUUAAUUUAUUGCAAAGACGUGAUGCAUGCUUCCAUGCUCAACUUAUAGCAACGAAACCUUAUUUUCGAUCUUCCGCUCAAGAAAUUCAUUCAUUGAACACUAAUGAUAUUGAGGCAGCUCUUAAAAAUAUUUCUACAAGAACAUACAAUAAAGGAUCUAACAAGGCUUUAGGUAAACUGGUAAAUCAUAUUAAAACAAUCGGCGGUCGAGUUAUGGGUUCAGCAUAUUCACGUACAUCCUUACGUACACAUCUUCAUGCAAUGAUUUUUAAUUAA